AUGUCCCAAGUUUUUUUUCCCCUUGGUGCAGAAGAUACUGUAUCAAGGGACACGAAAGCUCCAGUAUUGGAAAUCAGGGUGAACCUUUGUAUGUUGUGGUUGGUGAUCACAUUAAUCGUGCUCUUUUUACUUAUUGGAGUAUCACUACUAUCGGCUGCCUAUGAAUUUAUUGGGUUCCAAUACCGGAAAGCUAAAGCAAAGUCCCAACUUCGACGAUUUGAUGAGCUUAUGACACGUGUUGGUCGUGGUACCAUUACCGGUACUCCACUUGCUCCUGACGAACAAGUUCUACGUGCUGUCUGUAAGUGCAACAAAACUCCAAUAUGUCGUCGUAACUUGUAUCGUGUGCCCUCCAUAUCGCCAAUUGCAUUCGAAUGUGACGCCUCAACCGGUACGGAAAAUCGCCUCCCUGCGACACCACACAUCAUGCCACCGCCUUCAUCGUCGUCGACGAAGAGCUAUGAUUGUGAAACAGGAGGAAUCCGCUUUUAUCGGUAG